CCAGUAGCCUUUCCUCGUCGCUGUUAUUGUUAGCUUGUUUAUUUUCACAACAUUAACAUGUAUUUGACGAAAGCCUGACGUUACAUGCAACUUUAGCUUUAUCUCCAACUGACACGGUCCUGCAGGUUUUAUUUUGGUCCGCUGUGUUGAAACCGACUCUGAAUUGGACUGUUUACAACACGUCGUCAACAGCUGUCGAGUCAGCAGCUACUCAUCAUAUUGAUAUAUAGCAAACAAUAAGUAAGAUUCACACAUUGUCUGGACCAUGGCAGUUCAGCUGCAGCGCUCCUACACGGCUGUGGCCUGUCUGCUGCUGUACUAUUUGUCAUCUGGCCUGUCCAUCCCAGACCCCAGGCUGAGAGAGGCUCUCAUACAGCUGGAGAUCUCCAUGCAGACAGGCGGGCAAAUGGUGUUGAAUGAUGCUGAGAAACAGUUGGACGCUCGUCUGUUUAAAAUGAAGCAGGAGGAGAUAAUGAGAGCAGACUUUCCUCCCGCCAUGCACUUCUUCAAGGCCAGACACCUCAUCAGGACCAGUCCCAUAUUCAGCCUUCUGCAAAAAAUGCCUAAAGGGGGAGCUCUCCACAUACAUGACUUCGCCAUGAUCGAUGUGGAGUGGCUAGUGAAGAACGUCACAUAUCGGCCUCACUGUUACAUUUGCUUCACUGACAACCAGUCCAUCAGGUUCAUCUUCUCAUCCAGCUUACCUAAGCCUAUACCACACUGCUCUGCCUGGACCCUGCUGGAAAACCUCAGGGCCAAGACAGCCAACACCACAGAUCUGGACAACAGCAUCAUGGGCAACCUGACGCUCUUCACUGAUAAGGAUCCAGAGACAGUGUACCCCAGCCAGGAUGUGGUAUGGAGCAGGUUUGAACAAGCCUUCUAUGCACUCUGGGGUCUGGUCACAUAUGCCCCUGUGUUCAGAGACUAUUACUACCAAGGCCUGAGUGAAUUCUACAGGGACAAUAUCAUGUAUCUGGAGCUCCGGGCUCUGCUCCCUGAGAUAUACGAGUUGGACGGCAGCACUCACGACAAAGCCUGGGCUCUAAAGACCUACCAGGAGAUCACCAGACAGUUCACGGCAGACCACCCAGACUUCUUUGGAGCAAGAAUCAUCUUCACAGUCCACAGGGGAGUAAAUGCAACUGUAAUGACUGGAGUUGUGAAGGAAGCAAUGACGCUGCAGAGAGACUUCCCAGAUAUCAUGGCUGGUUUUGACCUGGUAGGCCGUGAGGACUCAGGCAGACCCCUGUGGUAUUUCAGAGAGGCCCUGUCACUGCCAGUAGAGAAAGGGGUGACACUUCCUUUCUUUUUCCAUGCUGGUGAGACUGAUCUCGAGGGCACAGAAGUGGACCAGAACUUGUUGGAUGCUCUUUUGUUGAACACUUCACGCAUUGGCCAUGGAUUUGCUCUGCUUCGCCACCCAGUGGCCAGAGAUCUCUCCAGGAAGAGAGGGGUGGCUGUGGAAGUGUGCCCCAUCUCCAACCAGGUAUUGAAGCUGGUAAAUGACAUGCGAAACCACCCAGCAGCUGCGCUGAUGUCAGAGAACCACCCAGUCGUCAUCAGCUCUGAUGACCCUGCCAUGUUCGGUUCCUCUGGCCUCUCUUAUGACUUCUAUGAGGCUUUUGUGGGCUUUGGUGGGAUUAGAUCCCAUAUAGGCUCCCUCAAAGAGUUGGCCAUGAACUCUAUUAGGUAUAGUUCUUUGAACCCAAAGCAACAGGAAAAGGCCCUGGCUCUGUGGCAGAGAAGAUGGGAUAAGUUUGUCUCUGAAAAUGCUUUUUAGGAAGAAAACAUUUUUAAUGCUAUCAGGCCUUAAUAUUCCUUUGAGAAAGGAAAGUAUUGACCCAUGAAGUACAAAUGGAAAUAGGAUAGUAAACACUGCUGUGCAUGAGCAGGUUUAUGGGGCACAAAUAAAGAGAGUGAAGCUACUUUUAGAGGAGACUGUGGAGCUGCUGUGAGUAUGAGCCAUGUACCACAAAAAAAGGAACAUUACUUGAACUACACAGAAGGUGUAGCCUCAAUCAAAAGGAAUCUUAUGUCUAGUCAUUCAGAAGUUAUGUAUAUGAAUGUAUUUGCACUUUAAGAUUCAGAUUUGCCAAUGUACAAUAACAGUGCCAGACAGCAAUUUUAACCGUUAAAGUGCUGAAUGCUGUAUGAUUUCUCUUUGUAGUAUGUUUGCGGUUCGCUUGUGCUUUGUAAUAAGAUAAUAGGUAGAUUGUUAAAAGGUGUGUGAAAUUCUUUGGGCUGUGAAAAAGCUGUUCUUAAAAAGGACACCGUUCAUUUUAUACAGUUUUAUGUUGUUUUUUACUUGAAUAUCGUUUGUUAGAUUUUUAGCUCGAUAAAACUGUUCUUUUGUCACAUAUUAUUAAAUUUAUUUUAAAAAAUACCUGUGAAAAAGUUUCACAUCAUCCAGACAUUUAAAAGUUGAGAACUGUCUGAAUUAACUUUGACGUGAUUAAAAGAAGCUGAU